AUGCAAAUUUUCGUUAAGACUUUAACUGGUAAGACUAUCACUUUGGAAGUUGAAUCUUCUGACACCAUCGAUAACGUGAAAUCGAAGAUUCAAGACAAAGAAGGUAUCCCUCCAGACCAACAAAGAUUAAUUUUUGCAGGUAAGCAGUUGGAAGAUGGCAGAACCUUGUCUGACUAUAACAUCCAAAAGGAAUCCACUUUACAUCUUGUCUUGAGAUUAAGAGGUGGUAUGCAAAUUUUCGUCAAAACCUUGACUGGUAAGACCAUCACUUUGGAAGUCGAAUCUUCCGACACCAUCGAUAACGUCAAGUCUAAGAUUCAAGACAAAGAAGGUAUCCCUCCAGACCAACAAAGAUUAAUUUUUGCAGGUAAGCAGUUGGAAGAUGGCAGAACCUUGUCCGAUUACAACAUCCAAAAAGAAUCCACUUUGCAUCUUGUUUUGAGAUUAAGAGGUGGUAUGCAAAUUUUCGUCAAAACCUUAACCGGUAAGACCAUCACUUUGGAAGUCGAAUCUUCCGACACCAUCGAUAACGUCAAGUCUAAGAUUCAAGACAAAGAAGGUAUCCCUCCAGACCAACAAAGAUUAAUUUUUGCAGGUAAGCAGUUGGAAGAUGGCAGAACCUUGUCCGAUUACAACAUCCAAAAAGAAUCCACUUUGCAUCUUGUUUUGAGAUUAAGAGGUGGUAUGCAAAUUUUCGUCAAAACCUUAACCGGUAAGACCAUCACUUUGGAAGUCGAAUCUUCCGACACCAUCGAUAACGUCAAGUCUAAGAUUCAAGACAAAGAAGGUAUCCCUCCAGACCAACAAAGAUUAAUUUUUGCAGGUAAGCAGUUGGAAGAUGGCAGAACCUUGUCUGACUAUAACAUCCAAAAGGAAUCCACUUUACAUCUUGUCUUGAGAUUAAGAGGUGGUAUGCAAAUUUUCGUCAAAACCUUGACUGGUAAGACCAUCACUUUGGAAGUCGAAUCUUCCGACACCAUCGAUAACGUCAAGUCUAAGAUUCAAGACAAAGAAGGUAUUCCUCCAGACCAACAAAGAUUAAUUUUUGCAGGUAAGCAGUUGGAAGAUGGCAGAACCUUGUCUGACUAUAACAUCCAAAAGGAAUCCACUUUACAUCUUGUCUUGAGAUUAAGAGGUGGCAUCUAA